GCUCAAUCCUCCCGCCUUCCUCUAUCAUGUGACCCUAGCACCGCCCACUACACCCUGAGCGUCCCAGUUGCUACACCCUCAACGGUGACGUCAGCAAGCUGCGCCGGACAGCACGUUGUGUGUGGAGCUGAGCUUCAGGCUGACACAAAACAUGUCAGACAGAGAAAGGGAUGUAACUGGGAGUGAAGAGGAGGAGGAUGGAACUGAAGAUGAAGAGGUUGGAAUGGAAGAAGAGGAGGAUGGGACAGAUGAAGAAGAGGCGGAUGCUGAGAAUGGAGAAAUGAAGACAACGGAGAGUAAGGAUGAACAAGGAGAAGAAGAUGCAUCUGAACUCCAUACAGAGAUGCUGGGUGACGAUGAAAGUCUUGCUGGUACAAAGAAGAAGAAGUCGGUUGAUCCUGGCAUCAUAUACCUGGGUCACAUCCCACCUCGCCUCCGGCCUCGCCACAUUCGAAACAUGCUGAGCAUCCAUGGAGAAGUGGGGCGUAUUUUUCUGCAGGCAGAGGAUCGCGCAAUUCGCAAUAAGAAAAAGAAAGCCGGCAGCAAUGCCCGCGACUUCACAGAGGGUUGGGUGGAAUUCCGGGACAAGCGCGUGGCUAAGCUGCUAGCUACAAGCCUGAACAACUCCUCUAUGGGCACACGGAAAAAGAACCGCUUCCAUGAUGACCUAUGGAAUAUGAAGUAUCUGCACCGUUUCAAGUGGUCUCAUCUCAGCGAGAGGCUGGCCAUCGAGAGGCAAGUGCGGAAGCAGAGAAUGCGUGCCGAGGUGUCCCAGGCCAAGAGAGAAACUAAUUUCUACUUACAGAACAUAGAGCGCAGCAAAAAGUUCUCCAAAGCUGACCGUAAGAGGGCACUGGAGCCAGAGGGCAGCAAAUUCCCUGACAAGCAGUGGAACUUCACGCAGCGCAAGACUGAGGAUGAAAUACAGGUCCUCAAGGCAUCUGGUGACAAGAAACGAAUCCAGAAGAGGCAGGAGCAGGCAGAGCGUGCACAGGAGAGAUCGCAGACGAAUCGCUCACUGCUGCAGAAAAUAUUCAACGCUUCUUGAGCAAGGAAAGAAAAUGGCAAAAUUUGAACUUAUUGCAGGCACUGUUCUAGGGGAGCAAACAAGCGUCCUUUCCUUCCCCUCUUUGGACAGCGGUGUUCUACACUUUCCAUUAAGAGCUUCUGUACAGUGUAAAUAUUUAGUACUUAUUUACCUUGCUGAAAUGAAAUCCAUCUUGAUCAUGCUUCACUAAAAUAUGUACAUAACGGACUUCUGACACCCACCAAAGAUAAAUGAACUGUAGCUCUACACAUGUAUCAUAAUAAAGUGGUGUCAAUUGCAGUUGGCUGAUGUUGCAAAGGUGUGGUGUGCCCUGGAUGAGCACCAGCUCUGCAAAUUGGCUUUGAGAGCCUUAAAUGUGACCGAUAACAGACACAAGUUUUUGGGCACUACCAAAAAUGUGGCAGGUGUAGGUUUUAGGUUUUUGUGAUGUGAUGGUAGCCUUUUCAAAAGAAUGGACUGCCUUAACAUGAUGCAUGUUAACUGCACCACAACAGACUGCCAUGGUGUAAAUGGGACCUUUAAAUUGACCUAUGAAAAUAGUCAUAUGGCUGCUGCUACUUUUGCUGGCUUGUUUUACCAUUUUUAUUUCUUUUAGGAGGUAAAAAAAAAGGGACAAUUCUCUACAUUGCAUGUUUUUUUUAUUAUGUGUUUGCUGAUUCUUACCUGCUUCUGUCAUUUGAAAGUGGCAGGGGUCUGCCUGUCAUUAACAUGCAAUAAGUGCCAGCACUAGCAAAAAAAGAAAACCUGCAUAUUGGCAAUCUGUCAAUGUACAAACCCUAUAGAUCAGGGGUCUCAAACUGGCCACCCCUCCAGCUGUUGCAAAACUACAAGUCCCAUGAGGCACUGCAAGGCUGACAGUUACAAGCAUGACUCCCAGGAAUUCUUCCUGCUGAGCUAUUGUGUUCUCCUAGCUGGGGGAACUGCCCCUGUCGUGAGAUAUAGUCGCUGUUAAUAAUCGCAUAUAAAAAUUUGGCGUGCUGGUUGUACCCAAGUUGAUCUAAUCAGUCUGCCCAUAGACCGUUCAAAUCUCCUCUGGUCCCAGCUUAGCCGGCCAGGAUUCAAACCAGCUAUGGCCGGCUUAAGUGACUACUGAAAAAAUACAAAGGCUGCUGUGUUCUUGUUAUGGGUCAGUAUUGACAGCCAGGCAACUAGCAUUUUUGGGAGGUCGGUGGGGCAGACAGACAUACAAUUUAUCCAAGUUGUUUUUCUUUCAGCAAGCCCGGGAAUUGCAGCGAGUCAGUCACUUUAGCAAGCUAUGUGCUGACCCCUGUGUGUUCAUUCACUGUUUUAGAUCAUUUCCAGUUAUGUACACCCAUGAUUACCAAAAUGUGGCAGACACCAAUAUUUUUAUCUAUUAUUGCCAAUUUGUCUUCUAGCUGUAACAUAUUAUGAAUUGUAUUAGGUGUAUUCUAUAUGAAUAAAUUAUCAUGAACUAUC